AUGUUCAUCGCAAUUGAAAAGUUCAUCAUCAUGCCUCAGAACUUGUUUAACACAAUUGAAAACUUGUUCAUCGCAACUAAGAACAUGUUCAUCACACAUGAAAACUUGCUUAUUUUAUCUCCGAAAAUUUUCAUUGCACCUGAAAACUUGUUCAAUGCAUUUCAGAACAUGUUCAUCGCACCUAAAAAGUUACUCACCACACCUCAAAACAUGUUCAUCGGAACUGAAAAUUUGAUAAUCGCACCUAAGAACAUGUCGAUCACACUUGAAAACUUGCUCAUCGCACCUCAGAACAUGUGUAGCGAUGAGCAUGUUCUAAGGUGUGAUGAGCAAGUUUUUAGGAGUAAUGAAAAUGUUCUAAGGUGCGAUGAGGAAGUUAUCAAGUGCGAUUAUCAUUUUCUAAGGAGCGAAGAGAAGGAUUUCAGUUGCAUUGAACAUGUUUUGAGGUGCGAUGAAAAAGUUUUCAGGUGUGAUGAACAUGUUGUUUGGUGCAAAGACAAAGUUUUUAGGUGCGAUGAACAAGUAUUUUGGUGUGAUGAAGAUGUUCUGAGGUGCGAUGAGGAAGAUUUCAGGUGCGAUGAACAUGUUCUGAGGAGCAAUGAACAUGUUCUGAGGAGCGGUGAGAAAGAUUUCUGGUGCAACAAACAUGUUCUGAGGUGCGAUGAGCAAGUUUUUAGGUGCAACGAACAUGUUCUGGGGUGCGAUAAGCAAGUUUUUUGGUGUGAUGAACAUGUUCUGAAGUGCGAUGAGGAAGAUUUCAGGUGCGUUGUACAUGUUCUGAGGUGCGAUGAACAAGGUUUUUGGUGCGAUGAACAUGUUCUGAGGUGGAAGGAGAAAGUUUUUAGGUGUUAUGAACAUGUUCUGAGGUGUGAUGAACAUGUUCUAAGGUGCGAUGAGAAAGUUUUCAAGUGUGAAGAACACGUUCUGAGGUGCGAUGAGAAAGUCUUUAGGUGUGAUGAACAUGUUCUCAGGUGCGAUGAGCAUAUUUUUAGGAGCGAUGAAAAUGUUCUGAGGUGUGAUGAGCAAGUUUUCAGGUGUGAUGAACAUAUUCUGAGGUAUGAAGAGAAAGUUUCUAGGUGCAAUGAACAUGUUUUGAGGUGCGAUGAGCAAAUAUUUUUGUGCGAUGAAUAUGUUCUGAGGUGCAAUGAGCAAGACUUUUGGUGCGAUGAAGAAGUUAUGAGGCACGAUGAACCUGUUCUGAGGUGUGAUGAGCAUGUUUUCAGGUGCGAUGAACAGUUUGUGAGGUGCAAUGAGCAAGUUUUUAGGUGCAAUGAGCAAGUUUUAGGAGCGAAGAACAUGUUCCGAGUUUUUAGAUGGAAUGAAGAAAAUAUGAAAUGCGAUGAACAAGUGUACAGGUGUGAUGAACAUGUUCUGUGGGGCGACGAGAAAAUUUUUAGGUGCGAUGAACAUGUUCUGAGGUGUGAUGAGAUAGAUUUCAGGUGCGAUGAACUUGUUCUAUGGUGUAAUAUGCAAGGUUUUAGGUGCGAUGAACAUGUUCUGAGGUGUGAUGAGAAUGUUUUCAGGUGUGAUAAACAUGUUCUGAGGUGCGACGAACAUGUUUUGUGGUACGAUGAACAAGUUUUCAAGUGUGAUUACAAGUUCUGA